CACAUUCCCCAUCGGUCCAACCGAGAAACGCCGCCGCCGUCGUGUGCCCGUGAGCAAUCGACGCCUACGCCGCCGCCUCUAAGAAGCGCCAUGGAGGAGAAGAGCUCUGGGAAGAAGAAGAAGACGCGGACGAGCAACCCUCCGGCGGAGGCGUCCAUGCCGGCGGCGGCGGCGGUCGCUAGCCACCUCACGGACGACAUCAUCGUCGAGAUCCUCUCCCGCCUUCCCGCCAAGUCCGUCCACCGCUUCAAGUGCGUCUCCCCGUCCUGGCGCGACCUCAUCGCGGACCCCGCCCACCGCAAGAAGCUCCCACACACCCUCCUCGGCUUCUUCUACAACACCUACGGCUACUCCAGGGUAGACCCCCGAUCCCGCAGAUUUCACUUCGCCAACGUCUCCGUCGGCGCAGCCCCGUCGGUCGACGUCGACCCGUCCCUCCCUUUCCUGCCGCAAGACAAGUACCUGUACGUCGCCCAGCUAGACACCUGCAAUGGCCUACUCCUCUGCCUCGGCUGCAUCGCCCCCUCUUCUUCUGUUCUGGCGCCCGAAUAUGUGGUCGAAUCCCAUUACAUCGUGUGCAACCCGGCCACCAAGAGGUGGGUUCACCUGCCCCCUCUACCCGAGGUGCCACCCGGCGCUGUAUUCGCUCGUUUGGCUUUUGAUCCAGCAGUCUCGUCCCACUUCUACGUUCUUCAGUUUGACGAGACCGAACAGGAGGAAUCCACGGCGGGAGUGACUAUAUACUCAUCGCAAACUGGAGCCUGGAAGCAUAGAAAAAGCAGUUUUGCAGCCUGCUCUGGCGUUACAAGCGUCUUCUUUCAUGGCAUGCUGCACCUGCUUGCUUGGCUGCACCCCUUGAAAACCGCCCUCCAUGUUGUGCUGGUAGCGGUGGACAUGGAGGGGCGGGUGCGGGACACUAUCCCUCUGCCGUCGGGUGGUAUGAGUUUCUAUACAAUUGGAUUGUCACAGGGGUGUUUGCACUUUGCUACCACACCCUUAACCUGUGUCGAGAGGAACAAGAAAGGGAAGAAGCAUGAUGAUACAUCCCUACCUUGCAAGACAGCACAAGUCUGGUACAUGAAGGAUUAUAACACCAGAGAAUGGGUCUUGAAGCAUAGUUUCAGCAAGGAUGAGCUGCGGACCGAAACUGGGGUGGAGUACAAGGUGGCUGCUAUUCAUCCACACUGCGACACCAUUUUCUUGGAUUCGCGUGACGCUGAUACAUUGGCAUCAUACGAUACCCGACAGCGGAAACUCCGUCAUAUCCUUUAUCUUGAGAAAAACAAGUUAGCUCUAUUUGUACCCUAUGUUCCACUGUUCUCAGAUUCAUUUGCAGGCACAGACGGGUAGUAGUGUUGCGUACGACCCAAGCUCCAAGAGUUGGAUCUUCUUUAUAGGCUGAACUACUACAUGUCUACUGAUGUCUGAGUCUGCUCAAAUCAUCAUGGAAUUCCAUUUACUGGUGCUUGCGCUCUCUCUGGCUUGAUUUUCUUUUCAGAGCAAUGCCUGGUAACCUUAAAGAUUAAGCAUACUAGUAGUAUUGUAAUUGUCCAAAGAACAUGGUAUUCUUCUUGUUUGCCUAGCUAUUAUCCUGGAUACCAAUUAAUUUCA